GGCGUUCCGGUAUACUUUGCGCCACUUGCGUGCAAGCCGGUGUCUUUUGACAUCCUCGACACCAAGUUCGACAUGAUUCUAGGCAUGUCUUGGUUGCGUAGCGCCGAUCAUCCGGUGAACUUCCAUGACCGAACCGUUCACAUCCGUGAUCGGAACGGAGUGUUAAUCCCAUGUACGGUCGCGACCCCUCACACUUCGAUUGCUUGUCACGUGGUUUCCGUUACGAGAAUUCACGACGCCAUAGCUUGGAAUGACGUCGAGGAGAUGGGCCUUGUAUUUUUGCAUGCUCUCCCCUCACCGGACGGACCAGCCACGUCACCGCCGGACCCACGCAUCACUCACCUCUUGGACGAGUAUGGAGACGUCUUCGAGGCUCCUACCGGAACGGUUCCGGAUCGGCCCAUACGUCACGGGAUCACUCUCGAGGUUGGCGCCGUCCCUCCGCGUGGAUGUAUCUACCGCAUGAGCGAAGAGGAACUCGAGGUGCUUCGCGCACAACUCGAUGAUCUUCUCAACAAGGGCUGGAUUCGCCCUAGUUGCUCGCCAUACGGUGCACCUGUUCUCUUCGUCCGGAAGAAGAACAAAGAUCUGCGGUUAUGCAUCGACUAUUGCAAACUUAACGCACAAACCGUAAAGAACGCCGGCCCUCUCCCUCGGAUUGAUGAUCUCCUUGAGCGGUUAGGCGGCGCGACGUACUUCUCGAAGUUGGACUUGAAGUCGGGUUACCACCAGAUUGAAAUCCAACCUCAAAAUCGGUACAAAACCGCGUUCAGGAUGCGGUACGGGCAUUUUGAGUGGGUUGUCAUGCCCUUUGGGCUCACCAAUGCCCCCGCAACUUUUCAAGCAGCUAUGAUGACUGAGUUUCUCGACGUGCUCGAUCGCAGCGUCCUCAUCUACCUCGAUGACAUCUUGGUCUAUAGCACGACAUUGGACGAGCACAUCACACACCUUCGCGCUGUUUUGAAUCGUUUGCGACUGGCCAAGUACAAAGCGAACCGCGACAAGUGCGAGUUCGCCAAGCAAGAGCUUGAGUAUUUGGGCCACUAUGUUACGCCGAAAGGCAUUCGUCCCUUAGCGGACAAGAUCCAAGCCAUCGUGGAUUGGCCGGAACCCCGUUGGACGACGGAUAUACGCUCUUUCAUGGGUUUGGCUGGAUAUUAUCAGCGAUUCGUCGAGUCAUACUCGAAAGUGGCCGCUCCUUUGUCGAGACUUCAGCCCCCGAAGGUGCCCUUCGAGUUCGACGACGCAGCCCGUGGCGCGUUCACUACGUUGAAGGCAGCAAUGCAAGCCGCACCUGCCCUCCGUAUAUACGACCCCACCCUACCCACCCAAGUGACUACGGACGCUUCAGAAUACGAUAUUGGUGCAGUGUUGGAACAGUGUCACAAGGACGGUUGGCAUCCGGUUGAGUAUUUCUCCCAAAAGGUGCCUCUCGUCAACACUCUCGACGACGCUAGGAAGAAAGAGCUACUCGCGUUCGUCAYCGUUCUCAAACGGYGGCGCCACUUUCUUCUCGRCYGKCGGCGUUUYAAAUGGAAURCGGACAACAAUCCGUUGACCUUUUAUAAAACGCAAGACACGGUUACUAGCACGAUCGGUCGAUGGAUGUAUUACAUCGACCAGUUCGAUUUUGACCCGUGCCACAUUCCCGGUCCCGCCAAUCGAGCUGCGGACGCCCUCUCACGACGGUCCGACUUUUGUGCCAUUGUGACCACGGCUGCCGACAUAGACGUCCCUUGCUCUCCCUCUUCCGUUCGGAAGUACCGGGACUUGCUGAUCAAAGCCCGCGUGAAUAUGCAAAAGGCUCAAAUCCGCAUGCAACAGCAAGCUAACCGACGUCGACUUCCAUGUCCUUUCCGCGAGGGAGACCUUGUUCGGGUCCUCUCCGAGGAAUUUGUGCUCGAGCAGGACGUUUCACGCAAACUCCUUCCGAAAUGGUUCAGACCAUGGGAAGUCACUUCUGCCGUUGGAGACGACCCCGCAGGUCCUUCCUUCGUGAUCAACAUUCCUCCGCACCUGACAGUGCACCGGGUCUUCCACGCAUCGAAGCUGGCCAUCUACACGCCACCUUCAGCUGACGAGUUUCCCGACCGUCGAUCAGAGGAUCCGCCUUCUAUGGACGGACAUCAGGAAGUGGACCGAGUCAUCACGCACCGCAAGUAUGGCAACAAGCCAAUGCAGUACAAAGUCACAUUCAAGCAAUGUGUGCCUGACGACACUCGGUGGAUCUCUGGUGCAGAUUUGCAGACUUCUGCACCCCUUAUCUUCGCCGACUAUGAGAAGCGACGCCUUGCCAAGGAAGCAGCUCGUCCCACUCGACCCAUCCCGGCCACGAGGCACUUCUCGCAGACAAACUACUGCAAGGACAUCAGCGACGAGGCAUUGUACGAGAUUGCUCGACGGACUCAACAGAAGUUCGAGGCCGAUCAGAUGGAGAGGGUUGCCAGGUAUGCAGCGGAGCUCGGACUCGAAAUGCCCGGCACGGGUGGUGCAAGGGGAGGAGAGGCGGGGCGGCGUCCGGUGGAGGGAGGGGUCGGGGGAGAUGGUGGGCAUGGUGCGGCAGACCCCACUUUGGGUGGUGGAGGUGGUGAGACGGAGGAGGGCAUGAUCCACGUCGAUCGCGAGGCGUGUGGCCCGGGCGAGGAGGGAGUCCCGGAAUGGGAGGACGUGCCAGAGUUUUAUCCAGGCACUGGGGAGAGGUUGAAGGACUGGCAGAGGCGAGUAGGCAAGGGAGCUGCAACGGAGGGGUCUUCCAAGAGGAAGGAAGGAGGAAGUGAUCCGGCUGCCACCCCAACAGGGAAGAGGCUUCGCCAGCAGAAGGUGACUGAUGUCUACGGUGGCGAGUGGGUUGCUCGCCACAAGAAGGCAUUCCUUCGCUGGCUGUAUUCCAGCGGGGUCUGCUUCAAUGCCUUCUGCAAGCAGGCUUGGAAGGCAUAUCAACAUGUGCUUCUUGAGCAGCUUGGCAGCUCCCCGCGCGCAGUGCUCCCCAACCACUGCGAGAUUGCGAGUAUGCGGGCGAUGGAAACCCACCGUGCGGAGUUAGCGGAGGAGUUGGAGGAGGUCAGGCAGCCAUUCUGGAUGAUUGGUGCCACCCUGCUCUCUGAUGGGAGGAAAUCACGAGAUGGGAGAUCGGUCGUGAAUUUCCUUGCUGCUGGCUCUCGAGGGGUCGUCGUGUACACGACGAUCAAUCGAGAGGGCGAGGCGGACGAUGCAGUGCACGUCCUUCAGAGAUGGGUUACCAUCUUCCACGAGUUCAACUUCGGCAGGCCGCAGCGGAUCAAUGCAAUAUGCACUGACUCCGCUUCUGCCUAUGUGGGGGCUGCGAGGGCAUUGGCCUCGCCGUCCAUUCCUCCUGCACUGAGGAGGAUCACUUGGCUCCCGUGCUCCGUCCAUGUCUGCAACAAAUUGUUGUCAGACAUGGGGACGAGUUGCGACGUGUUUGUGAACGCGAUCACACGCGCUCGUGUGCUGGUGGUGUCUUUCGAAACCCACCAGGCCGCCCUUCAUUUUUUUAGGACGCGCAGGCCCGACAAGGGGCUUAUUGUUUCUUGCGAGACGUGGUUCGCGUCUGUUUGCUCCAUGCUAGAGAGGCUGUUGGCCCUGCAGGACACUCUGCAGGACAUGAUGCGAGGGGACGACGCGCGGGCUUUUGCUUCCAUCCCAUGGUCCGCCGAUGUGUGCGUCAUGGCGCGUUGGGUGCGCCGACAGAUCAGAUGGGAUCCAUGGUGGCAGAGGGUGGCCACCAUCGUCCAUAUCAUGCAGCCCGUCAUGGAGUUGCUCAGGCGGAUGGAUCGUGGAGGACAGUACAUGUCGCUCAUGAUCGAGUGGACGCAGGAUCUUGUCUGCCGUGUCACGGACGCAUGCGCCCCUUUGGGAAAGUCGUUCGCCGACCGGAUCAUCAAGCGUGUGCAGGCUCGCACACAGCACAUGCUUGAGCCAGCUCACUGCGCAGGGUUCUUACUGAACCCUCGCAGGCGAUACGUUCGCUACUUUUCGGGGCAGGUAGAGCGGUACGAUGCUUGGCUUGUGGGGCAAGCCAAGAGGUACAUUCUGACGCAGACGUGCAUGUCGGCAUUCGGGUCAGACGCGCCAGAGUUGCAGCAUUGCGCUCUUCGGGUGAUGCACAUGUGGUCUUGCGCCUCUCCAGCGGAGAGGAACUGGGCAGUCCACGAGGGCAUUCACACGAAGAAGCGCAACCAGUUGGCCUUCGAGAAGGUCGUGCAACUCAUUGAGAUCACCGCAAAUGUACGGUUGACUGAGUAUCGGCGGGCUGGAUGUGGUUAUGUGCUGCCAUGGCAGCGGGACGAGGGCAUGCUGGAUUGCCAGGCAAGACUCGAGUUGGAGCCUGUGCGCUCGGGGACUCGCAGGGGGAUGACGGAGGAGGAGAUUGCCCAUCAGGUUGCACUUAUUACCCGGGAUCCCAUCGGGGCGUUCGCACCACCCUCGGCUGAUGCCGUUUUCGAUAGACAUCGACGAGACGAGGAUCCCGACUCCGAGGAGACGAGGACACACACUGCACGACAGGCGGCGGACCGGGCGGAGAGGGAGAUGUUGGGGGGAGACGAGGACUUUUGGGACCCAUUCGGUGAGGUCGCUUCCACGGGCGGCCCAGAGACGCAGGCGACGACCCCCACUCCUGCGAGGCGGGAUUCGUCCAUGCCGCCACCUCCUGCUCCGAGUCCUACACCACCAUCGCCCGUCUCGCCACUUCAGCCGGCCACGGCAACGGCGGACACGGAGGAGUUGGGGUCCUCUUUGCCUCAGCGCGGCCUUCUCAACAGAGGCGGGGCAGUCCGACAGCUUAGGUUACGAUCACCUUCACCGGGGAUAUUGCAGGAGGAGGGGGCACCUUCGGCAGCAGCAAUGGAGAGUUCGGUGGCACCAGCGGCGGUGCCGGACGCGACGAUCGCACCCGCGGUGGAGGAGGUAGCAGCAGCAGCAGCAGCAUCAAUGCUGGAGGAGAUGGCAGCAUCAGUGCUGGAGGAGGAUCCACCAGCGGAGAUCGCGACGGGUCCAGUCGUUCCGUUCUUGGGCCUGCACUUGGCUCAGGCCCGACAGCCGCAGGCGGUUCAGAUGGCAGUGCAUGAUGUGCCACUGCCCGUUAUCACGGAUUUGGGGUCCGAGCCGGUGGUUGUGCCCCCACGUCUUCCUAGCCACUUUGCUCCGCAGGAGGUCCGUCGUCCUUUAGAUGCAGAGGAGUUGGCAAGAGAGGCUGUGCGCGAUGUUACUCGCUUGGACCGGCGGAUCUUCGAUCGGAGGCUCGAGCAUCCACCAUGGCAGACGAUCCCUUCGGUUCCAUGGGGUCCUGCGUCACCCAUGUGGUAUGGGUCUACCUCCACCGGAGGACAUACCGCGGGACAUGUUCCAGGGGUUUCGCGUGGCAUGACGGAGACAGCGCCACGCACAGGAGACAUGCCACCCCCUCCUCCCAGAGCACCUGCAGGUGAUCCAUCAUCGUCGCCCACAGGCAGAGGCUCUCGAUCCCCACACACGCCUGGGAGAUCUAGGAUUCGUAACACGACGGCAGUUCAGCAGGACGUGUGUGACACGACGAUAUUCGGGAGGACAAAUAUAGAUUUGGAUUCCACCCGCCGUGUCACGGAGCACACUGCACGCCUUCAACCAAGCUUGGGAGGAGGAGGCGCCAAGACGACUGCGGCGAGGGAGGUACUGGCAUCAUGUUGUGAGCCUCAGCGAGAUCUUGGCAGAGGAGUGUCCAUCGAGACCUUGGAGUACGCUCUGAGAGCAGCGACGCGAUGGGAUGAGGCGAGGAGCAUGGUCGUGAUGGGAGGAUGGGAAGAUCUUAGACGCCCAUAUCAGCUGGUUCAGACGAAGGUGCCGCAUUUCAUAGCAAAUUGGUUCCGGGGUUAUGAACAUAUCCGCGCGGUCGCAGAAUCUUUGGACGAAGUGGAGCUGGGAUUCACCUGGUUGGCAGACGCCUAUUGUGAGGCCUCGUUACGACUAAGGCACUUCCACGGGGACCGCGCCAAUGAAGUAGUUGAGAUCCUGAAUGCCCUUAGGGGCGACCGGCUCAAGGUAGGAGAUGAGGUCGAGGAGGCGAUACUCCGCCGAGAGGUGGCCGCGGCACCCUCCUACGUAGGGGAUGUUUUGCUACUGUUUGAGCCAGUGGACGGGGGGGGUGAAAUCACGCUCAUACGAAAGGAUUUCGCGAUAAUCGUCAGGUGCCCGAUAAACAGGGAAACUACCGGGAGUGUCUGGGGAGCAGGCGGGGAAAUCCCUUUCUCCGGGUAUAUCACCAAGUGCGCGGUCAAAGCCGGGGUCAGGGAGUCUAUAUGGUCGUUCCAACGGAUGACCGUCAUGGACGAAAUGGACCAUGACAUAAUCCUUGGGAGAUCGUGGUGUGCAAAUGUGGAAAUGAUAGGCAUGCAUCUCCAUGACGGGGCAUACAUGGUAGACAUAGAGGACCCAGUUACAGGACGCGGCGAGCUGCUCCGCCUCAUCGGAACUGGGGGAGACACGCCCAAAGGGAAUUUGGCAACCUGGUCGCCUUCCUUCGAGGAGAGCGCUAGAAAGGGGGUUUUCGCACGAAUGGAAGGAAUGAGAGAGAGGGUGGAAAUAAUGAUAGAAGAGGCGUUCAGCAAGAAGGAGUGGGUCAAGAUGGGACUUCCACAGAAAAAGCGGAGGCUGGAUGAAGAUGUCCUAGAAGUCAUGGUAGUGGAAAAGGAAACAGAGGUGGAACUGGGAGCGAGCCUGCCAAAGCGCGGAGACGCCGGAGGCGAAGGCACCAGGAUAACGCUAAAGAUCCCGGAUCUUCUCCACCUAAUCAAGGCAAUCAGGUAUCACAAGGUAGAAGUUGACCCGCCGCUCUCGCCAGGUGUGAGGAGGAAGUUCGGAAGGGUUAUUGCCUGAACGCCGAGUUAGUUAGCAUCCAACCUC